AUGGCCCACGUUCAAUGCCUUCCCGUCUCCGUCCCACCUUCGCGAAUACCGCAUUCCGCCACGUGUCUCCCUGAUAUGACGUUCCCUUCAGACCUCGCAUCGUCGGAGUUGGUACCACCGGAGUUCGUGUGUCCGCUGUCGGGCGCCAUCAUGCGCGACCCGGUCAUCGCGCCCACCGGCCAGUCGUACGACCGCGCAAGCCUUGACCACUUCCGCGCGCGCGGCGGCCGCUUCUGCCCCAAGACGGGGGCGCUGCUCGCGGACUGCGCGCUCAUUCCCAACGACGCGCUCCGCCAGCUCAUCGCCGCCUGGUGCCUCUCCCACGCCACGCCCGUCCAUUCCCUCCCUUCUCCCCCUUCGCCGCUUAACUCCGCGUCGCCCCUCGGCGCCUCUCGCGCCGUCCUCCCCGUGCGCUCAGCGCCAGCCGUCAUCAACGGGCUCGCCUCUCCCCCUGACUGCGCGCCCUCCCCGCCGCUGCGCUCGCCACUUUCUCCGCUGCAGCGCCGUUAUUCCUUUCAACCAAGCCGCAGCGCCUCCGCUUGCAGGGGGCACGGGGACGAACAGCCAGCGUCAGACGCGGCGAGCUUGGCGAUUCCACGGCACGUGAUGGGCGUAGGCAGCAGCGGCAGGUCGCUGUGUCGCACCAUCUCGUCGCUCUCCGAGACCGCGUCGCUCGACUGGGCCGCCGCUGGCAGCGCCGUUAGCAGCCCCUCUUCGCCCCUCCGCGCCUCCCGCCACCGCCACAACCACCAGCUCGCCGCCACGUCACAGGACGACGCAAAUGACGUGGCGCUCAGCUCGUACCUCUCCGCGAGCGCGUCGUUCUCCCGCCUGCAGCAGUCAAAUCCCAACUCGCCACGUGGCAGUCGCCGCCGCAGCAAGGACACGCCCGUGCGAGAGAUGCGGCCAUUCGUGGACGCACUGCAGGAUGCUGACGUGGCAGUGUGGCGGGUCGCCGCGGAGGCCAUCCACGUGGCAGUGAAGCAGGUGGAGGAGAACCGCACGCGGGUGGUGCAGGCGGGUGGCGUGGCGCCGCUGCUGGCUGCGGCGCAGUGCGAGGAUGAGGGCACGGCACAGCGGGCAUGUGCUGCCCUGCUGUACGUGUCACUGGCACGCGAGGGGGCGAGGGAGGUGGUGGCGUGUGGGGGCAUCGAGGUGUUGGUUGAUGUGCUGCGACCAGGGGAAGAGGCGGGCACGCAGGGAGAGGCGGCUGAAGCCACCAAGGCCAACGCAGCUGCGGCACUCUUCACUCUGUCGUCCACCAAGGAGGAGCGCAAGCGCCUUGUGUGCUCUGCCGGUGCUGUGCCGCACCUCGUGCACCUCGUGCAGACGGCACACACACCCCGCGCGCUCAAGGACGCGUGCCUGGCUCUGUACGGGCUGGUGGGGUUGCGGCAGGCGGCGGAGCAGGCAGUGGCGCUGGGCGUGGUGGCGCUGGUGGUGGGGCUGCUGGAGAGGCACGGCGAGGGCGUGGAGGAGAAGGCAGCAUCGCUGCUGGCCGUGCUGGCUCGCUGCGAGGUGGGUGUGGCAGCCAUUGCGGACGAUGAGGAUGCGGUGUGUGCGCUGGUGGAUGUGAUGGAAGGCAGCUCGCAGCAUGCGGCUGACAAGGCAGCGUGCACUCUGCUGGCCAUGGCACGGCAUGGCGGGGAUGCCAUGGCUCGGAGAAUAAUGGCCGAGGGGUGCCUUCCUCCACUGGCCAAGCUUGCAGCGAAUACAGGCGAUCCCGGCGCGCAUGUCGCCGCUCGAUCAUGCCGCCUUUCCAGCGAGCCGUUGCCCUCUGCGCGGAGCCAGGUAACGCCGCCAGCGAUGCCCAACACGCAGUACCGCUUGAGGCACCCGACGCGGUACGGCAAGCAGCCGGCGGUGCCGGCGGAGUUCGUGUGUCCGCUGUCGCUGCAGCUGCUCACCGACCCGGUCAUCACGGCGUCGGGCCUCACCUUCGAACGCGCCGUCAUCCAGAAAUGGUACCGCGACGGCAACCGCAUAUGCCCCGUCACCGGAUCGCGACUAGACCACUACCGGUUGUUUCCGAACCAGGCGGUUCGGCAGCUUAUCGCGCAGUGGUGCGACGCGAACGCCGUGCCGUACGCGCCGGGCGUACUGUGCGUGCGCGUGGACCCGCAGGGGCAGCAGGGGACGGGUAGCUUUAGGGAGCGCUCGUCCCAGUCGCGCCACGGCGGGCCCUCCUCCAAUCUCUCUCAGCGCCCCUUCACUCCCCCCGGCACUCCGCCCAAAAGCCCGCGCUCUGCAGCCCCUUUUUCCACGCUUCCCGGCGCCUUUCAGCGCCCGCGGACUCCCCCAUCGGGGGCGGACGACCGACCGUUCUCCCCUGCUGGCGGGGAAAGUGUUCCGCGCAACCACCCUUCCGCGUCCCUUUCCGUUUCAAGAUCGGUGUCGAGCGGGGGAUCCGUGCAGCGCAUCGCGUCGGGAAAUGGCGCACAGGCGGUGCGGGGAUCCCCCGCUGGCGCAAUGGUUCCGCGCACAGCCUCAGGGGGAGGGGCGGUGCUGCGAGUGGUGUUAGGUGGUGGGGUGCCGCGCGUUUCCUCCGCCGACAGUCCCCGAGCGCGCAUUUCCUCCGCGGAGCGGAUAGGCUCCAGUCCCCUGUCUGGGGACGAGUUGGGGGGAGCAGGCGCGCGGAGAUCAGCAGGCGCGCCCCCCAACGGCGCAGGGCCUCCGCAUCGGCGGCAGGCGGCGGGGCCGAGACAUAGGGGGAGCCAGUCGCAGGUGCUGCGGGUGCUGGGGCAGGACGGCGGGGGGGAUAGCAGCUCCUCGGGUCUUGCGCGCUCGCACUCGCUGCAACCCAAGGCGGACGAUAUCGAAUCGCUCCUUAACGCGUUAGAGGACGACGAAUCGGACGGCUACGAGUCGGGCCAGUCCGACGCGCUCUGGCGCGCCAACGAGCCGCUCCCCGUGCCCCGCGUCGCCAGCCUCGGGGGUAGGGGGGCUGCGCGGGGGGCCGGCGCGGGGAGAGGGGGGACAGGAGCGGGCAGGGGAGGGCGGGGAGGGAGAGGGGCGAUGGCGGAUGGUGUAGGGCGGUCGGACAGCUUAGAGCGCGGCAUGAUGCGCGCGAAGCAGCAGGGCCACGCAGGUGCGCACGCGGACGGGUCGCUCCGGCUGCUCAACGGCCGCAACGGCAUUCCCUCGGGAAAACGACCCGCGCAGGGGGGUAGCGGCGACGGGGGGAACGCGGAGAGCGGGUUGCGGCGCACGUCGUCGCUGCAGUCGCAGGGGCUGCUGUCGGCGAGUCUCGGCAGUCUGGGCCUCGACGCCACGCGCGACUCCUUCCGCGGCGCCGUCGAGGACCUCGUGCCGCGCAGAUCAGCCGGCGCGGGGGCGCGUGGGGAGGUGGCGCAGUCGCGGUUCGCGGGGGAGAGUGGCGGGGAGUCGUCGUCGGAGAGGGAGGCGCGGAGGGGCGCGCCUGGCCGGCCGGGGGGCGGCAUUCCGCCCGGCGCGCGGCUGCUGGCGGCGGGGCGCGCGAGCCAGUCGUUCCGCGACCGCGCGAGCAGCGACGGCAGCGACAGCGAGCUCAAGGCGGCGCUGCUCGGCGCCAUCCGCAGCUCCAGCGCCGGCAGCCCCGCCGACGCGCCCAUGGCGGGUGGCGGGGGAGUCUCGGGGGGAGGGGGAGGGGCCGGGGGAGGUGGUGCAGGGGGUGCGGUGGCGAGCGGGCGGGCGAACGCGCUGCGCAACAUGGGCGCGGCGGGCAUGCGGUCGGCGUCGCUGACGGCGUCUGGCAGCCUGCGCAGCCCCGUGGGGUCGUCGUCCAUGCGCGUGUCGCGCGACGGCGCCAUGGGCGCCAGGGCCGCCGCCAUUGACGCCGCCCUGCGCGCUGCGGCGCUGCCGCGCAGCCCUGCUGGGCGCUCCUCGUCGUCACUUCCGCCCAUCCGCGACAGCAGCAGCAGCGGCGCAGCAUCAGGGGAGUUGGGAUGGGGCGCGCCUGGGGUUCCGCGCAGUCCGGGACGAGCAGCGCCCGCGGGCGCCAGGGAGGCGCCCAUUCCGCGCGUGGGUAGCCGGGAGGCCGCCAUGCACCACAGUGGUCCGCCUUUGGGGGACAGCCCUGCCAACGGCCACACUGCUCCCCCCUCCUCUGCGCGCCACCCCCCUCCGCCGCUCUCCCUGCGCCGCGACCUCUCCAUGGACACGUGGGCGCUCGCCUCGCAUCUCCCCGCCUCCGCCCCCCCCACCUCCGCGCCCCCCGCCGUCGCGCCACUCUCCCCCAUCCACUCGUCCGGGCCCCUCUCCCCCAUACACGCAUCCGGCCCGCCCUCCCCCCGCCUCUCCUCCACACCCCUCUCCCCGCGCGCCUCCACGGGUCCGCGCAGCCCCGUGGGCGCGGGCGCGAGGGCCUUGGGGGGCCCGGGGGGGCCGCCGCGGUGGCGGCGGGACAGCAGCGUGGAGAGCAGCGGAGACGCUGGCAGCGGCAGCGAGGGGCGCGAGCAGGGGGCGGGCAUGGGCGGGGGAGGCGGGGGGGGCGGGGGGGGAAGGAGUCCGCCAAUGCUGCAGCGCAGCCUGGGGCGGCGAGUGGCGGAGGAGGGCGCGCUGCUGCGCUCAGGGUCCAUUCAGAGCGUGCAGUCCGUGGGGCAUGCGGGCGCGGGGGGGCAGCACAGGCACGCGCAGGGGCAGGGACAGGGGCAGGGGCAUGAGGGCAUGGGCGCCAGUGACUCGGACGACCCGUUCCUCUCCGCCCUCUCCAGCGUGCGCCGCGAGCAGCAGUUGUGGGGUGAGGGCGGGAUGAGCGGGGGGGAGGAGGGGGGCGCGGCAAGGGGGAGGGGCCAGCACAGGGGGGCGUCGAGCUUGGCGCAGUCAGAGGGGGAGGGGCGCGGGGGAAGCGACUGGGAGAGCGACGGGUCGUCCGUGCGCCACAGGAGGGCAGCAGGGGCAGCGGCGGGAGGGUCGCGGCUAGGUAACAGGGAGGCAGGGGGAGCAGCAGGGGCGGGCACGAGUUCAGGGCGCAACCUGGGAGGGGCGGCGCAGGGGAGGCGGCAGCUGCAGCGGGGGUCGUCACAGACGGACAAUCGCGGGCUGGGCCGCGCGGCACACAGGGCGCUGCACACCACCGCGCUCGACCCCACUGGACCGCCCUCAGGCAUGUCCCUUCCGGGCGGCGCACAGGGGCUGCGGCGGGCGUCCUCAUUGGCUGUGGUGGGCGGCAGCGGGCGGCAGCAGGGGAUGGAGGGAAUGGAGGGCAUGGACGGUUCAGAAGGGUUCCACGAGGUGGUGAGGGAGAUGAAGGCAGAGGGGGGGCGGGUGGGGGGAGGGGUGCGGCGGGGGGAAGCAGCAGGGGCGGAGCUGUCAGCAUCGCACCGCAGAGUGGCGUCGCUGGCAGUGCAGAGCCGCAGCAGCAGCAGCAGCAGCAUCGCCCUGGGAGGGGGUGGUCCCAUGGGCAGCUCAGGCGAGGGCCGUGCCGUGUCCCGGCGCCUCAGCGGUGGCAGCGGUGGCGGGCUGUCGUCCCGCCGCUCCGACUACUCCCUGCCCCCUGAUGCGUCCGCUCUGCUGGAUGAGCUCGAUGGGUCGGAUGGCAGUGAGGGGGAUGUGGGGGACAUGGGGAACAUGGGGGACCGGCGGGUGCAUGGGCACGGGGGGUACGAGGCCAUGCAGGGGAAUGGCGGCAGUGGGCACAUGCAGCCGCAUCAACUGCAGCAGCAUGCGCAGCAGCAGCAGCAGCAGCAGCAGCAGCAGCAGCAGGGGCAUGGGCAUGGGCAUGAGCAUGGGCAUGAGGAGGAGGCACCACAGCCACGGGUGGGCAGGGUGGGUGGCACCUUUGCCUGGCUGCGAGAGGCCCUCCGCAGCCCCCUCAAGAGCCCCAAACCCGCUGCCCCCGCCCCCACCGCCCCCGCCCCCCACUCCGCCCAGUCCAUCCCGCUGAGUCCCCGUUCCGCCCAACCCCCCCUGCCCGCGUGGGGCGCGGGGGUGCGCCCGUCCACCCCACCUGGGGCCGGAGCAUACGGCAAGAGCGCCACUGUGCCCGCGCCUGAGCGCCGCAGCCUGUGGGGGGAGGCCAGGCGCGCUGUGGGGCUGGGGGAGGGCGGGGGGGGCGACGGGGGGAAGGCGGAGGAGGCGUUUCGGCGGUCGUCGUCAGAGCAUGGGGGGCAGGACGCGGUAGCCGCCAUGCAGUGGGCGCAGGGGGAGCGGGGGGAGGAGGCUGAGGGGGGGCGCAGUGGAGGGGGUGGGAGGGGCGGGCAGGGGCCGCAGGGAAGGGGGAUGGCGGUGGGGGGGAGGGAGCUGGGCGAGGGGAGGAGUGGGAGUCAGGGCAGCAGUGGGCACGAGGGGAUGAGGGAUGGGGGAAGGGGAGCAGGUGGACGGGGGUUGGGGGGAGGGGCAGGCAGAGGAGGGGGGCGAGGCGGGGAGGGGGCUGCAGAGGGGGGAGGAGGGGGUGGGCGGGGGCAGGGAUGGGCCAAGGUGCGUGCUGUGUUCCCCCUGCAUGGGGAGGGCGCAGGGCGGGGGGCAGGGGGGAGAGGGCUGGGCAGAGGGAUGGGCGAUGGGGGAAGAGGAGGUGGGGGAAGAGGAACUGGGGGGAGAGGUGGAGCAGGAGCAGGGCCGGGAGUAAGACAGGGGGGAGCAGGGGGGCCUGGAGGGGGAAGAGAGGGUGGGGACUCGGGUCGGUUAUCCCUGGAGCGCACGUCAUCACUGUCCUCCAACCACCAUGCCGCAGCUGCAGCUGAUUCCCACAGGGACGUCGACGGCUCCUCGGCCCAUCCUCUCUCCCCGCUGGCAGCAGCAGCAGCGGCGUCACCCCCGGACAUGGUGACGUUGGUGCGGGCGGUGGCGCACGGGGGGGAGGCGGAUCGCAUGGAGGCAGUGGCGGCCAUCAGGGCGCUCGUCAAGGGCAGCCGCGACAACAAGUCACGCCUCAUCGCCGCGGGGGGCGUGCCCGCGCUCGUGCGAGUGCUGCGCCAUGCGCACCCCGCCAUCAAGGAGCACGCGGUUACCGCCAUUCUGAACCUCUCCCUCGUGCCCGGUGCACCCGCUAUUAUCGCCUCAGUGGGCGGCAUUGACGCCGUGGCGGGUGUGUUGCAGUCAGGGUCGCAGGUGGCCCGGGAGAACGCUGCAGCGGCGCUCUUUGCCCUCUCAGUGGAUGAUGGCAACCAGUGCCUGGUGCGGCGGGCAGGGGCGGUGCUGCCGCUGGUGGACGUGCUGCGGUCGGGCAGCACGCGCGGGCGCAAGGACGCGGCUCUGGUGCUCUUCAACCUGUCGCGCGACCAGCGCAGCCGCGCUGAGAUCGUGGCGGCGGGGGCGGUGCCGGUGCUGGUGGGCAUGCUGGGCAGCGAGGAGGGCGGGCUGGAGGAGAAGGCCAUGGCAGUGCUGGCGAACCUGUGCCGCAUGCCCGAGGGCUGCGAUGAUGUGCUGGACCUGCCUGGUGCCAUCCCCACGCUCGUGCGCGUGGUGGCGCAGGGGUCACAGCGCGCCAAGGAGGAUGCGGUGAUGACGCUGCUGAUGCUGGCGAACAGUGAGCCGGCGAGCUGCCAUGCGAUGCUGGCGGAGAGCAUGGUGCCGGCGCUGCAGCAGGUGGCGCAGACGGGGUCCCAGCGGUCCAAGGGCAAGGCCAGGGCGCUGCUGGACCUGCUCAGGAGCCAGGCGCAGCGCGGCCGAGGGGGGGCAGACAGUGCUAGGACCGCGCACAUGGCGGUUGACGGGAAACUAUGGCCUCAUCUAUGCCUCCACCUCUCCCAGUUCGUCUGCAACAGCAACCCCAAGCCUGUGGCGGGCCCGCUUUCUCUGCUUUCCGUCCAGGGCCGUUGUCUUCAAGGUUCUUCGUGUCAGUCAGUCAGUAUGGGCGGUGCUCUCUCCCCCUCGUCGCUGCUCAAGACCAGCUCUCUGCCCGUGCUUCCCUCCAACGUCGUUCUUCAUCCGGCCGCUCCCAGCACGGACUCAUCGCUCGUCUCCACGCGCUGCGAAUGCACCAUCCACCCCGCCUCCUCGUCUCUCAACCCGAUCGCCGCCAUUUCCUCUCCCUCCCGCCUCCAGCGCCGUCUUUACUAUUGGGAUGCCGCGUGCCAUGGCAGCAGUCCCCGCCGGCCCACUCUCGUGCGCACGCAGUCGUGCGCAACGCCGUCCGUCGCCGUCGAGCUCGCCUGCGAGCAGUCGUGCACGUCGUCGCCGUCGUGCCGCCGGACGCUCUCCUGCCCGCAGUGGGCUGCUCCCAGCGCACCACGCGUGGCCGCGGCAGAGCCUGCUGCUGUAACGACGCGAGCCUGCGAGUCGCAAGCGGAACCUGUUGCUCCCAGUGCGGCUCGUAUGCGCGUGGCUCGAGAGGAAGUCAACUCCAAAGCCCCGUCGGCGUCGUCGACUCGCCACGGGCCCCCGUGCGUGGACGUGCGUCGCGCCGAUGAGUCCGUGUUUCACUGGGCCGCGCGCACGCGGAUUCAGCGGGCGCAAGCCGCACUCGCCGAUUGA